AUGACUUGUGUCUUCUUCGGUGCUCAGGCUGCUCUCUGCUGUACAAGAGGCGAAUCUUGCGACGGCGGUACCGUGACUCAACCGGACGACGAUGAAGACGAUUCCCCGCCUCCGGCUACCACCCGCUCCAGCCAAACGUCAAGCAGUACAACUCCUACCAGUACGCCUUCUUCUACCCCGGAAAGCAUUUCCGAUCCGUCCACAUCGUCCACGCCGACCUCCGAAUCCCCCGGAACGCCAUCCAUAGCGGACACCUCAGCUGCCUCGACUACUGAUGGUUCUUCCAUCGCCUCUUCCACCACACCAUCGUCAGACUCAUCUAGCGACACCCCUACCCCCACCAUUGGUUCACUCCCAUUCCCCUCCCCGUCGACCACAACUUCAGAUGACGCGGAUCCUGAGGAAGACGAUGAAGAACCAGAGACGUUGAAAUUGGCCGAUAAGAUCGCCUUGGGUGUAGGAUUGGGUGUUGGUCUUCCUAGCGCAGCUGUGGCUUUAACGGGUCUGUGGACGUUCUUUAAGCGUGAAGGUUGGAAGUAG